AUGUUGCCAAUCAAAUUAUUAGCUACACUCGCUCUUGCUAUUUUCGCCAAUGGUGAAACUCCACCAUCUUCACCAGAUUAUAACACUGAAGCUAACCCUCAAUUACCACCAAUCACUUUCGAAGCUGUUCACUACACUUUCCCAGAUUGUCAAAAUGGUCCAUUGAAGCACAAUGCUGUUUGUAACCCACACCUUCCAACUGAACAAAGAGCCAAGGCUGUUGUUGAUUUAUUCACCGUUGAUGAAUUGAUCGCUAACAUGGGUAACACAUCUCCAGGUGUUGAACGUUUAGGUCUUCCACCAUACCAAUGGUGGAGUGAAGCUUUGCACGGUAUUGCUAGAUCCAACUUCACUGCUUCUGGUGAAUACUCUCAUGCUACUUCUUUCCCUCAACCAAUCUUGAUGGGUGGUGCUUUCAACAAUGACUUGUAUAAGCAAGUUGGUAAUGUUAUUGGUACUGAAGCUAGAGCUUUCAACAACGUUGGAAGAGCUGGUUUAGAUUUCUACUCACCAAACAUCAACCCAUUCAGAGAUGCUAGAUGGGGUCGUGGUCAAGAAGUUGCUUCUGAAUCUCCAGUCUUAGUUGGUAACUAUGCUUUGAACUAUGUUCAAGGUUUACAAGGUGGUCUUGACAGUAACCAAAACGAUGACACUUUACAAGUUGCUGCUACAUGUAAGCAUUUUGUUGGUUACGAUAUGGAAUCUUGGAACCAACACUCCAGAUUAGGUUACAAUGCUAUCAUUAGUGAUCAAGAUCUUGCUGAUUUCUACUUGCCAACUUUCCAAAGUUGUGUUAGAGAUGCCAAGGCUGCCGGUGCUAUGUGUUCUUAUAAUGCUGUUAACGGUGUUCCAGCUUGUGCUUCUGAAUUCUUCCUUAACACUGUUUUAAGAGAUGGAUUUGACUUCCAAAACGGUGUUAUUCAUUCUGAUUGUGAUGCCAUUUACAACGUUUGGAACCCACACUUGUAUGCCCAAGAUUUAGGAGGUGCUGCUGCCGAUGCUAUCAAGGCUGGUGUUGAUGUUAACUGUGGUGACACUUACCAAAACAACCUUGGUUACGCUUUAGGUAACAAGACCAUUAAUGAAAAUCAAAUUAGAACUUCUGUUACCCGUCAAUACUCCAACUUGAUUAGAUUAGGUUACUUUGAUUCUCCACAAACUAACAAGUACAGAAAGUAUGACUGGAAUGAUGUUUCUACUCCACAAGCUAACCAAUUAGCUUACCAAGCUGCUGUUGAAGGUAUUGCUUUAUUAAAGAACGAUGGUACUUUACCAUUCAACAAGCAAAAGGUUAGAAAGGUUGCUGUUAUUGGUCCAUGGGCUAAUGCCACUACUCAAAUGCUUGGUGAUUAUGCUGGUACUCCACCAUACAUGAUCUCCCCAUUACAAGGUGCUCAAAGUGAAGGUUUCCAAGUUGAAUAUGCUCUUGGUACUCAAAUCAACACUACUGAUACUUCUGGCUACACUGCUGCUCUUAAUGCUGCUAAGGGCGCUGAUGCUAUUGUUUACUUUGGUGGUAUUGAUAACUCUGUUGAAAAUGAAGCUCUUGACAGAGAAUCUUUAGCUUGGCCAGGAAACCAAUUAGACUUAGUUAGCAAGCUUUCUGGUUUGAAGAAGCCAUUGGUUGUUUUACAAUUCGGUGGUGGUCAAAUUGAUGACACUGAAAUUAAGAACAACAAGAAUGUUAACGCUAUUGUUUACGCUGGUUACCCAGGUCAAAGUGGUGGUACUGCCAUUUGGGAUAUCUUAAGUGGUAAGUAUGCUCCAGCUGGUCGUUUGACUACUACUCAAUACCCAGCUUCUUAUGCUGAUCAGGUUCCAAUGACUGAUAUGACCUUAAGACCAAGACAAGGUUACCCAGGUAGAACCUUCAUGUGGUACAAUGGUGAACCAGUUUACGAAUUCGGUUACGGUUUACACUACACUACUUUCUCUGCCUCCCUUGCCAACGCUCCAAGAGGUGGUCAUCAAUCUUUCAACAUUGAACAAGUUGUUGCUGCUGCCAAGAGAAGCCAGUACGUUGACACCGGUCUUAUUACUACUUUCGAUGUUAACAUCAAGAACACUGGUAAGACUACUUCUGAUUACGCUGCAUUGUUGUACUCCAAGACUACUGCUGGUCCAGGUCCUCAUCCAAACAAGAUUUUGGUUUCUUUUGACAAGUUACACCAAAUCCAUGCUGGUCAAACCCAAACUGCUAAGUUACCAGUUACUAUUGGAUCAUUACUUCAAACUGAUACUAACGGUAACAAGUGGUUAUACCCAGGUACUUACACUUUCUUUGUUGACAAUGACAAGAAGGCUCAAUGGGAAAUCACUCUUACUGGUCAAGCUGAACUUAUCCAAAAGUACCCAUCUCAAAAAUAA